AAUGAUAUUUAGUCGUCCCCUUUUGUUGUUCCCGUUUUCGACUCUCCGAAGUACUAUUUUCCUCUCUCUUCCCACCCUGCCCUUACCGACUUUGAAGAAAACAGAAACGAACCCUAAUUCCUGGAUUCAAAUAAUCAAUCUCCCCUAACUGUAUAUCUGCCUGCAGAAUUUAUCCCCAGAUGAUGGCGCAUCACCGGAUGGGAACUGAGUUUUCACGAUAAGUUCCUCAAGUUUGAAGAAUUAGCUUGGAGGGUACUUAUUAUCUGAUGGCUGGAAGCUGGGAUGGAAGUCAUGAUCUUGGUAGCCAGUCGGAUGAGAACUAUCUCUUUGACAGACUACACAUAGAACCCAUAUACGAUGCAUUUAUAUGCCCUUUAACAAAACAAAUUAUGCGCGAUCCUGUUACAUUAGAAAAUGGACAAACUUUUGAGCGAGAAGCAAUUGAAAAGUGGUUCAAAGAAUGCAGGGAGAGUGGUAGAAGGCUGGUGUGUCCGUUGACGCUAAAAGAACUAAAAAGUACAGAAUUGAACCCAAGUAUAGCUUUGCGGAAUACCAUUGAAGAAUGGAAUGCCAGGAAUGAAGCUGCUCAGCUUGAUAUGGCUCAUAGGUCACUAUCUCCAGGCAGUUCAGAGAAUGAUAUUAUGCAGUCCUUGAAGUUUGUCCAGCUGCUCUGCCAGAAAAGCCGGUCAAAUAGGCAUGUUAUUCGUAAUGCAGAACUCAUUCCUAUGAUUGUUGACAUGUUGAAGAGCACUAGUCGUAGAGUUCGCUAUAGUGCUUUAGAAACUCUUCGAAUCGUGGCGGAGGAAGACUCCGACAAUAAGGAAAUACUGGCUGAAGGUGACACAGUACGAACCAUAGUUAAGUUCUUGUCCCAUGAGCAAUCCAAAGAGAGAGAAGAAGCUGUCUCUUUACUGUUUGAGCUCUCCAAGUCCGAGAUUUUGUGUGAAAAGAUUGGUUCAAUUAAUGGAGCUAUUCUUAUAUUGGUUGGAAUGACUAGCAGCAAGUCAGAAAAUUUGUUGACUGUUGAGAUGGCUGAUAAAACUCUAGAUAAUCUCGCAAAGUGUGAGAAUAAUGUAAGACAGAUUGCUGAAAAUGGUAGACUGCAACCUCUUCUGACAUUACUCCUGGAAGGCCCACCUGAAACUAAGCUAUUGAUGGCUUCAUACCUUGGUGAGUUGGUUCUAAACAAUGAUGUGAAGGUGUUUGUGGCCAGAACUGUUGGUUCAUCACUAAUCGAUAUCAUGGGAAGUGGUAACAUUCAGUCCAGAGAAGCUGCCCUCAAAGCACUGAAUCAGAUUUCAUCUUGUGAAGCAAGUGCAAAGGUUUUGAUAGAGGCAGGUAUACUUCCCCCUCUGGUCAAUGAUCUAUUGUUCACUGUUGGAAUGAACCCGCUUCCCAUGCGAUUGAAAGAGGUCUCUGCAACAAUUCUUGCCAAUGUGGUGAACUCGGGUUAUGAUUUUGAGUCUGUCCCAGUUGGACCUGACAACCAGACUCUAGUUUCAGAAGAGAUAGUUCAUUACUUACUCCAUCUGAUUAGCAACACUGGUCCAGCAAUAGAAUGCAAGCUUCUCCAGGUUCUUGUUGGUCUCACCACUUCUCCCACUACUGUCCUGAGUGUUGUUGCUGCCAUUAAAAGCUCUGGUGCCACCAUCAGUUUAGUUCAGUUCAUUGAGGUUCCACAGAAGGAUUUGCGAGUGGCUACCAUAAGGCUUCUCCAAAACCUCUCUCCUUACAUGGGUAAUGAACUAGCUGAUGCUUUACGUGGGGCAGCUGGCCAGCUUGGUUCACUAAUCAGAGUCAUAUCAGAAAACAUUAGUAUCAGCGAAGAGCAGGCAGCAGCAGUUGGCCUUUUAGCCGAUCUUCCAGAGAGGGACAUGGGCAUCACAAGGCAGAUGUUGGAUGAAGAUGCCUUUCCGUUGGUCAUUUCGAGAAUUGCUAGGAUCAGGCAGGGCGAGACUCGGGGCAGCCGCUUUGUCACACCUUAUCUAGAAGGGCUUGUUCGGGUUCUCGCAAGGGUUACUUUUGUGUUGGCUGAUGAACCUGAUGCAAUAGCACUCUGCCGUGAGUACAAUAUCGCUGCAUUGUUCAUUGAUAUGCUUCAGUUCAAUGGAAUGGACAAUGUACAGAUGGUUUCUGCCAUUGCCCUGGAGAACCUGUCCCAGGAAUCCAAGAAUCUGACAAGACUGCCCGACUUACCAAAACCUGGUUUCUGUGUUACAGUCUUUCCAUGCUUAAGCAAGCCAACUGUUAUAACUGGAUUGUGUAGGAUCCACCGCGGAGCAUGUUCACUAAAAGAGACGUUCUGUCUUCUGGAAGGCCAAGCUGUGGAGAAGUUGGUGACCCUUCUGGACCACACAAACGAGAAAGUUGUUGAAGCAUCACUUGCCGCACUCUCAACUCUGUUGGAAGAUGGCGUUGUUAUCGGGGAAGGAGUGCAGGUAUUGUGUGAUGCAGAUGGAAUCAAGCAUAUAUUGGAGGUGUUACUAGAGAAAAGGACAGACAAUCUUCAGAGGAGGGCAGUUUGGGCGGUUGAGAGAAUCUUGCGUACUGAAGAAAUAGCCUAUCAAGUUUCUGGUGAUCAAAAUGUGAGCACUGCCCUUGUUGAUGUUUUCCAGCAUGGCGAUUAUCGAACACGACAGAUUGCUGAACUUGCAUUGAAGCAUGUUGAUAAGAUACCCAACUUCUCUGGGAUAUUUCCAGUUUGAGCCCUUUGUAGAUGCUUCACUUGCAAUGACAGUUGAUAAACUGGAGCGCCUUGCUUUUAUUGACUUAUUUCCCUUCGGGCACUAGUUUGAGCUACUGCUGUUGCAUGUAGAAUUCCCAAUUCCGGUCUGGGAAGCAUCGCGAGGUCUCUCUCUCUCUCUCUCUCUCUGUUUGAUAAUUUGUAGAGUGCCAUGAACUAUUCAUUUGUUAUUGCUGCAUUGGGGUUUCUUUACAAAGCCGCAUUUAUUGUGCUAGCUUUUGAGUUUUUGUACAUUUAGGACCAGAUUUUCAACGAAGGGUUGAGCUGUCCAGUGGUUUUCCUCAGAACCCACUCAUGAUGCAUGUCGAAUUUCCGUUUUCUGUAAUCACCACAUCUACAUUUCAUCUAUUCUCACUCCUCUAAUAUAAAAACAAGGUCAAGUGUUGUAUUAA